AUGCCUUUAUUGUCAGAGGUCUCAUUUACAGUGCUCAGAAGGUACUUUUUGCACACCUUACACUUGGUAGAACGCCCAUGUAAUCCUUGUCUCAAUAAGAACCAAGAAUGCGUCGAGGGCCAAAGAAAGCUAUGCAAGUACUUGCUUAAGGAUGCCAUCGUGACGACGACGACGACGACAACGACAUCUAACGCCCCGCCAGCUGCUUUGGAUAUCCAGAAUGAUGAAUUUGGAGAUGCAUUUUUACUAAAGUCAGAAUACAAGGACUUGCGGGACUUGGUAGAAAUCCCCGACUUUUACGCAAGCGACGAGCCCUCCUUUGCUCCAUCGCUUUCGUCGCCAGGUAGCUUUAUUGAUUGGAGACUGACAAAACAGGAUUUGGACCGAUCCAUUGAAACGAUUUAUUCAUCCAGCGACAUUGUUCCUUUCAAUUACGAUGCUUCAAACAAAAUUUUAUUAACUUGGCUCGAAAGGCAGAAUUUCGAUAAGAAAGAACUGACCGAAUUUUUGUCGCUAUUUGAGAUUUACAAUGUGGCGCUGUUGGACACGAUCAGGAAUCUCUCCUGUGAAGAUCUCGUUCACUGUGAAAAAUCGUUUCUACGUCAAGUGUCCGAGGCCAGUUACAUCAUGGGACUAUCGGGGACGCCUGUCGCACUCUGGCGCAGCUCAGGGGAGCUUGUCGCUGCAAAUAGGGAGUUUGGCCAGAUCUUGAAAAUACCUCUGGAAAUCCUUGCCAGUGGCACUUUACGGAUUUAUGAACUGAUGUCUCCCGAGUCUGCAUUUUUGUAUUGGAAACGAUACCUAUGCAUUGCUAACGACCUGUCGGCGCCCCAAUCAUUUAGCCUGAAAAUUGAGACAUCCUCGCUUUCUUUUCUAUUGUGGCUUCACGUUAAGCGCGAUCCGUUUGACCUGCCUCGCAUUGUGAUGGGCCAUUUUCUUCCUCUAUUUUCCGCCUGA